UUCCUCGGACGAAUUAAUGAUAACCGCUGCUGCCUCCGCAACAUUUUGAUCGCCGCCGUCGGUUAUCUGUUCCGACGUACCUAUCUGCUGCCUUCGCCGCCGUGUCUCAAUCCCUCUAGCUUGACUUGGUCCAUUCCCAUUUUUUCUAUUUAUUCAGUCAUAAAACAAUGUGAAAGAAAACCCGCCAAUUCCUCACUGACUUAUUUUUGUAGUCAGACCAUACUCCCGGUAAGCUUGAAAAAGCAAUAAGGCUUAAGAAAUGGCCAUCCAGUUUAUUAUAAACCAAGUGUUAUUGGAUAAAUUCGUCAAUAUCCAGCGGCUACAUUCAACCCACCACCAAGUGUUUGACCUUUUGUCCCUGAGAAGAAGCUGUUACCAACAAACCUUAUUUGGGUGGUUUCAAAUCAGACCAAUGACUUCCAGUAGACGAGUCCAAGACCGUAGCAAGUACAAACGAAUUCACCAUCUCGAAAUUGUAAAAGAGAAAUGGAAAAUAUUGUCAAAGGUUUUGUUUUUGAUGGAAGUUAUAAAGAAAGAAACCGAGAUGGUUAUCCCCGUGAGGUCUUUGUAUCAAUACAGGAAGCAAAUUAAUAUACCGAAACCCCAUAAAAUAACCGAUUUCAUCGAGAAAUGUCCCAAGUUGUUCGAAUUAUAUAAGGAUCAAAGGGGAACCCUAUGGUGUGGAAUGACUAAAGAAGCUGAGGAUUUGAUGGAAGAAGAGGAAAUGUUGGUUGAGGAACAAUCGAUCAAAGGUGUAGAGUAUGUUACUAGGAUUCUAAUGAUGUCGGUCGAUAAACGGAUUCAGUUAGAUAAGAUUUCUCAUUUUAGGAGAGAUUUUGGUUUGCCAAUUGAUUUUAGGAACAAGUGGGUGAAUCAGUAUCCACAACAUUUUAGAGUUGUAAAAUCUAAAGAUGGAGUUGAGAUUUUGGAGCUUGUAAAUUGGAAUCCUGCUUGGGCUAUUACAGAGUUGGAGAAGAAAGCAUUGGGUUUGAACGAUGGGAUUGGACGUGAACCGGGUGUGCUUUCAUUGUCUUUUCCUUUGAAAUUCCCUUCUAACUACAAGAAGGUGUAUAGAUAUGGAGGGAAGAUCGAUCAUUUUCAGAAAAGGUCUUAUUUUUCUCCCUAUGCAGAUGCUAGGGAGCUGAAAGCAGGGUCGUUGGAAUUUGAUAAGAGAGCGGUUGCUAUUAUGCAUGAGUUACUUAGCUUUAGUAUCGAAAAGAGAUUGGUGACUGACCAUCUCACUCAUUUCCGACGGGAGCUUGUGAUGCCACAGAAGUUGAUGAGGCUUCUUUUGAAGCAUUUUGGCAUCUUUUAUGUUUCUGAAAGGGGGAAGAGAUUUAGUGUUUUCUUGACUGAAGCUUAUGAAGGUUCGGAGCUGAUUGAGAAAUGCCCGUUGGUGGUAUGGAAGGACAAGGUCUUGAGCUUUGUCGGUUAUAGAGGAAAGAAGAAAAAGAUCCCUACUUUCAGUGACCUGUCAGACAUGGAGGAAAGGGAUCUAAUUGAGGGUGAUACUGAGAUUGAGAAUAUAUGUGCGGAUUUUGAGGAAGAGGAAAUCAUGGAUAGUUUAGAGGUUGUUUCACUAAGUAAUGAUGAUGAGUUGGAGAUUUCUCAUGUUGGCAAUGAAUACAGAGCCACCAAUGAUACAACUUGAGGUUAUUUUCUUUUGCACAUUUAGUUAUGUUUGAUAGUCCAAAGUUGUCAUUACUUUAAAUGAAGAAAAUUUAAGCAAAGCUUAUUGAAAUCUUGGUAACUGUUUGCAAGUGUUUUACUCUCUGGUCUUUUAGCUGUUAUCUUGCAACCAUAAAUUACAUGUCGAAAAUGAGCUAACAGCUUAGUAAGUUGAUAUGCAUUUGAUGUAAAAAAUGUGAAGAUCUCACAGUUCAAGUCCUGGGCCCUUUAAGCUCUCUUCUCUUCUGAGCUCAUGAUUUGCGAGCUUCCUGUGACUGAAACUGAUUGGUGGUUCUUGGU